CAUCUGUAUUAAUACAUGCCCUGCUUUGCUAUUGGCGAGCAGCACUAAGGUAGAAAGCUGAAGCUGCAGACUAGGGGUGGAGGCAGUGUCCUGAUAGCAGAUACCUGUACAUGCCUUACUUUGCUCACUGAACACCUGCACUAAUUUCAUAGGAGUCCAGGUAUUGCUGUGGGGAUCUGUUAAGACUAAAGAAGCAAGCAGCCUUCACCUUCAGCGACCAGAAACAUCAAUGAGCAUCCAGAGCACACACUCUGCCGGACAGAUGGAGGAUGAUUCAAACAUACGGGAAAUAAGGAGUAUGAAAAGGAAUGCGGUGCUUGUUGAUGGUGUUGUAUUGAACGGACCAAUAAUUGAUAGCAGUUCCGGAGAAAAAUUUGUAGAAGAUGUAUAUAGGAUUCUAAUGAAUGAACUUGUGUACAAGGCAUCUGAUGUUAAUCAGAAGGUGUGUGAAUGGCAAGAGCCAGAUCAACUGAAGAAACUGCUGGAUCUAAAUAUAAAAGAUAAUGGAGAGCCCCAUGAGAAACUUCUUCAGCUUUGCCAGAAUGUCAUAAAAUACAGUGUAAAAACAAGUCACCCAAGGUUCUUCAAUCAAUUGUAUGCUGGCAUGGAUCAUUACUCUUUAGCUGCUCGUUUUAUAACGGAGGCUCUAAACCCAAGUGUAUAUACUUAUGAAGUAUCUCCUGUAUUUAUACUAACCGAGGAAGCUAUUCUGAUGAAAAUGAUUGAAUUUAUAGGCUGGAAAGAAGGUGAUGGCAUAUUUAGUCCAGGUGGUUCCGUUUCCAAUAUGUAUGCUGUAAAUCUAGCCAGGUAUAAGUGUUGCCCAGACAUAAAACAAAAAGGCCUUUCAAGUGCUCCACGGCUUGUCAUGUUUACAUCAGAAGAGUGUCAUUACUCCAUGAAGAAGGCAGCUGCUUUCCUUGGCAUUGGCACGGAAAAUGUAUAUUUUGUGAAGACUGAUGAUCGAGGUAAGAUGAUACCAGAGGAAUUGGAGAACCAAAUACAACGAGCAAAGAAAGAGGGAGCUGUUCCAUUCCUUGUUAGUGCCACAUCUGGUACCACUGUAUUGGGAGCGUUUGAUCCUCUGGAUAAUAUUGCGAACAUCUGUGAAAAACAUAAACUUUGGUUUCAUGUGGAUGCAUCUUGGGGCGGAUCUGCUUUAAUGUCUCGGAAGUACAGAAAAUGUUUGCAUGGUAUCCACAGGGCCGAUUCAGUGGCAUGGAAUCCACACAAAAUGCUCAUGGCUGGUAUCCAAUGUUGUGCCCUGCUUGUGAAAGACAACUCUGGCCUGCUGAAGCGCUGUCAUUCUGCAGAAGCCACCUAUCUCUUCCAGCAAGAUAAAUUUUAUGAUGUGCAAUAUGAUACAGGGGACAAAUCUGUUCAGUGCAGUCGGCGUGCAGAUGCUUUCAAGUUCUGGAUGAUGUGGAAAGCAUUGGGGACCACAGGACUGGAGGAGAGGAUAAACCGUGCUCUUGCACUGACAAGAUAUCUAGCAAGCGAAAUUAAGAAACGAGAUGGGUUUGAACUUCUCUGGGAGCCAGAAUAUGCAAAUACCUGUUUUUGGUACAUUCCACCAUCCUUCAGGAACAUGGAAAAGGGACCAGAGUACUGGAAGAACUUUAGCAAAGUGGCUCCUACAAUCAAGGAACGAAUGAUGAAGAAGGGGAGCAUGAUGGUGGGUUAUCAACCUCACCGAGAUAAGGUCAACUUCUUCCGCCACAUCGUUAUCAGCCCCCAAGUGAGCCGGGAAGACAUGGACUUCGUACUGGAUGAGAUUGAACGUCUUGGCAGAGACUUGUAGCUUUGGUAGAGCGGCACGCUGUGCUGCUUGUGCUUGAACUUUGCUACAGCUGAAUCACAAAUCUAAUUAGCCCUAAAUUAUUAAGUUAAAACAAGUUGAUUUUUCAAGGUUUUUUCUCUCACUUAAUAAACUCAAUGACAGUGGAUGGCAGUGGAUAUGUAAGAUCUUGGCAAUUAAAGGGGUUGUCAGGCCAAAGAUUCAGCUCUCCAUCAGUCAAGACACCAAUGUAUACAAUACCAUGCACACUCCUGUUAUUCUCCUUCUUCACAGGUUUAUUAAGAACAGAACAUGCAAGGCAUUGUGGGAAUUGGAGUCUUGGCUCCAGGAGAGCUGACCAUAAACCCAUGUUUCAAUGGUCAGUAAAAGUCAGCGGAGAGAAUAGUAAGAGACAGAUUCUGUUUUCUAGUGCACUUGGAAAGUUGUUUAGAAUUUCUUUAAUUUAUUAUACAAAAGACCUGUUCUUUGGGCAGACAGCCUCUUUAAAGCCAUACCAUAGAAGAUUUUUGGCUUCUUUUUUUUUUUUUUUU